AUGCUAGGAUACAUAUCGAGCACGCGCAAGAAGAGCUGCUUCGGCUGUGUGAAAGCUAAGAGACGGUGCGAUCUAGGGUACCCUUUCUGUAAACGGUGCGGAGUCAAAGGCCACGACUGCAAGUAUCCAAACGCUUCCCCGCGCGAGAAGUCUAGAGAGUCCGGAGCUGUGCCCGCUGAGGUGGUCAUCCGUCAAUCCACGCCGGACCUGGGACACCCAUUAACUAGCGCUGUCAGUAGCUGUGCCGAACCGUCGUUCAUCAACAUCAGCACGUGCGAUGCGAGUCUUGAUCCAUUGUUGUUCCAAACGAGUGGCUCGAGCGGCUCAAGUUCAAGUCCAGAGAGUUUUGAAGAAUUCACAUUCCACGAUGACUGGGACUUGGUCGCGCCACGGCACAUGCCUCGAGCCCCCUUGACGCGAAUGCUCUUACCAGAAAUAGUCGUCCCGACCUUCCUCAGCCAGGCUCAAACGCAGUUCAUAACAUACAGCCUACAAAGCUUCGUUUCCGUCAUGGCGUAUCAAGGCUCCACAGCCUUCCUCCACAAAGACCUAUACGAAACCCGCGAGCCUGAAGCGAUCCAAGACUGCGUCGCCAUAUCCGCCUUGUACAUGAGCAAAUCCGCAUGCAACCAACGCAUUCUCGCAAACACCAUCGCCACCAAAAUCUCCGCCCUAACCCACGAAUCCCAGACGUGGACGCUAACCCAACAUCUCGCCGCCGUCCAGGCCCUGAUUAUCUACCAAAUCAUCCGACUGUACGACCCCGACCUCAAUCUCCAACACCAAGCCGCAUCCCAGUUGCCCUUGCUCGAACACUGGACCGCCACGCUGUGGAAACGCUCCUUCGCUGAGCCGCAGACCUUCGCAUCGGACUAUGCAUCCUGGAUCUUCCACGAGUCCCUGCGCCGCACAAUCAUGAUAUCAGUAUUCGUGCGCUGCGGGUAUUCAUGUCUCACGCGCGACGGGCUGGCAAGCCAAGUCCCCGUAGUCGCACGACUACCUUUGACUAAGGAUCUUGGGGCCUGGAAUUGCAGCAGGGAAGAAUGGGAGGUGCGACCCGUUGGGUGGCUGGGCGAGGAGGAUAAUUUGGUGAGUUAUGGCGAGUUUGGGACGUUGUGGAGUUUGGAUAGGGAUGUGGGUGAGUUGGAUGCGUUUGGGAGGUUGCUUAUUGCGGCAUGUAGGGGGAAGGAGGAUGCGAGGUUGUUGGCGUGA